AUGAGUUCCGCAUUUGACACCAUCAAAAGAGACGAGUUGUUAAACAUCCUUGGUAAUGUAAUAAACGAAGAUGAAUUGAGAUUAAUUCGAUUUUUACUUGCUAACACAAAUCUUGAAAUCAGAAUGAAAGAUGUAGAUACGACACCUUUUCCCAGUAACAUCGGAAGUCCUCAAGGUGACGGAAUAAGUGGUUGUUUGUUUAACAUAUAUCUCGAAAGCUCCUUACGUAAAGUUAGAAAAAUUCUGGAAAAAGACCAUAUCCUUGACGAACAUUCAUACUCAAAGAGAAACGAAUCAUUACUCCCAGUGACUGAAGUGAUAUACGCUGAUGAUUACGACCACAUCACAGAUGACAUCAACAAAAAGAAGAAAUUCAAUAACAUCAUAAAAGAAACUUUAGCUAAGGAUAAUUUGUUGGUAAACGAGACAAAAACAGAACACACAUUACUAGAAAGAAAGAAAAAAGUAAACAACGAAACAAAUGAACCGUGGAGACAUGUCAAGAAAUUGGGGUCAAAGCUAGGUAUCCAUGAAGAUAUAGCUAACAGAAAAGCAUUGUCAACAGCUGCCCUACAGAAAAUAAGUGAUGUGUGGAUUAAGAAAGAUAAAAUCAGUACUCAGCUAAAAAUCAGAAUCUAUCAAACUGUAGUCAAAUCCAUAUUAUUAUACAACUGUGGUACAUGGGGUUUGAACAAAAAUGAAGAAAAGAACAUGAAUUCCUUCCAUCGUCGACAACUUCGUCAAGUAUUAAACAUCAAAUACCCAGUAACAAUAAGGAACAAGAAGUUGUACGAAAUAUCAAAAACACGACCUAUUACAUUGGAUAUAAUCCAAGCUCGAUGGAGGUUAUUUGGGCAUGUUCUCAGAUUACAGAAAGACACACCCGCUCAACUGGCUAUGAAUCACUAUUUUGAACAAUCGCAAGUAUCAAAAUUCAAAGGUCGUCAACGAAUUACGUUACCAAUCAGUUUAAACAAUGAUAUAAGAAGAGCAGUGGAAUCUGAUAACAGUUUUGCAAUAAAAUUUGGCGUCUCGCAAUUGAUUUCGAAACAUGACCUAAAGGUCUUAAGGGUAAUCGCUGAAGAUCGAAAUACAUGGAAGUCCCUUUCAAGACACAUAUAUAUUGCAGCUGAAGCAACUACUUAUACUGAAGAAAAUCUUACAGUAGAUGAUAGAAGCGAAGACAGCUGA